AUGCUGCUUUUGUGGGUUUUCGCAGCAACACUUUCUUUAGCUGCAAAAUUACCAAACAAUGAAGCACUGCAAGCGGCAGGUGAUUUUAUAAAUUGUGCAUAUUAUAAAAAUUAUUUAAGCAUGGACUAUAGUUUAGUGGGACAUCAGCAACUUAUAGCAACUUUAAGUCCUGGAGAAAAACUGCAGAGUCUGAUAAAGACUUGGCCUCACUGGAAAGAAGAUUUGAUCAUGAAGAACAGAAGCUAUACUAGUGCCAAAUUCGAAGGAGAAGUGAGUAGUGUGCACCUGUUGCUUAAUAUACGCAAGGUGUAUGAGUGA